ACACACAUGGCAUCUCCCUAUUCAAGAUGGCCGCGCCCAUGAAAAAAUCCACAUUGAAAGAAAAUCUAAAAAUAAACACAUUUAACAUCGAAAAUGAAGCAAAAAUAAAAUGGAUAUCAGAUCUCAAUUACAUGAAACAUUCCAUUGGUAUAACCAUCACACAACAGGAGACAUUUCCAUCAGACAUCAGAGAAAUUUGUCUAGCUGAGAUAUCCUACAUUGUUUAUAAUCUCCCAGUACAUGAGCUUAUCAGUCCUGAUCUUCUGGGGGCUUUCCAGAAGAAAGGGUCCCUGUGUAUGCUUUCUCUGGGUACCACGCUAGAGGUUAAUGAUUGUGUGGCAUUUUUACCUACAGGGCAUUUAAUUCUUCACCUCACAAAAGAUUUAUACACAAGACUUGGUCUAGAUGGAAAGCCAUCCCAGUAUAACAAAUACGGAGGAGAAAAAUAUGUGGUAGAAAUUGAUCUUGGAUCAACAGCUUUUACACCAGGAAAGAAAAAUUAUGAAAAAGUCAGGCAAUGUCUGUUGCGUGUCAAUAUGCAGUGUGAUUUCUUGGUCUCAUGGACACCACAAGAUGAAAAUUUGUGUCCCAGUUCCAUUCACAAGUAUUUCAGGAUAAAGGAUUUUGACUGCAUCCAUUUGUCUAUUUCAUCCGUUGGUCACAAAUACACAGAUAUAGAAAUACCCGAUCUGCAGCAUCAGGAUGAAGAUAUCCACCCUCAGGAGGAGCUAUAUGAUUGGCUGGGAGGUGUAGCCAAUCAAAUUGGACUGUCCAGUGUACAUGUAUCUGAUGAGGCAUACAACCCUUUGUCUGAAUACUCUGGUCCUACCAGGCUAGGUCACUGCUCUCAUCUACAGAUCUUUGGAUUCUUCUCCAGUGCCACUGUCCAAAAUGUGAUCCAGGAAGUUAGAAAUAUGUGUAAAUCUUCCGAUGCAUGGGCCUGUGUGACAACUCAUGGAUUUACCGAUUCACCAACUUCAAUAAGAAGUACAGAGAAAAAUCCCCACAAGUUGUGUGCUGACAGUGCUUCUCUAGUUAUUCUACCAAGUGAUAGGUGCUGGUUGUUUACUGAUACCUGAAUUAAGAUUAUUGGUUCUCCCCAGUGAUAGGUGCUGCUUAUAUACCAAUACCUAAAUUAAAACUAUCAAUUUUACCCAGUAACAGGUGCUGGUCAUUUACUGGUACCUGAAUUAAGACUAUAGGUUCUAUCCAGUGACAGGUGCUGGUUAUUUACCAAUACCUAAAUUAAGACUAUCAAUUGUACCCUGUAACAAGUGCUGGUUGUUUACUGAUACCUGAAUUAAAAUUGUUCAUUCUUCCCAGUUAUAGGUGCUGGUUGUUUAUCAAUAUUUGAAUUUAUUGGUUGUACCCAGUGACAGGCUGGUUGUUUAUCAAUUUAUAUCUGAAUUUUAAAACCUCAAAAAGUAUAUACAUGAUUGUAUUGUUUAAAUUGAUGCUGUUUUUAUCAAAAUUGUGCUAGUUCCCAUGAUCUCCCCAGAUGAGACACACUGAUUUAUGUAGAAGUAAACUGUCCAUCAGGCUAUUGACAUAAACGUUAUCUGAUUGUAAACAAUUUGGUUUUUGACAUUUGUUUUGUAUAAAAGAGUUCAGUAAACUUUGGUUUGUCUUUUCA